AUGUCAGGUUCAUUUACUAAGGAACAGGAGCAGAUAGUCUUGAAAGUUCUCUCUUUUGAGCCACAUCAGUUUUAUGAAAUAUUAUCGGUCGAAAAGACAGCAAAUGAUUCAGAAAUAAAAAAGUCAUAUCGUAGGUUAGCUGUAAAGCUACAUCCAGAUAAGAACUCGCACCCGAAGGCAUCGGAGGCAUUCAAGUACUUAAAUAAGGCAUGGGGAAUAUUGAGUGACCCUUCUAAAAAAAAGUUGUUCGACCAAACUGGCGCAGACCCAGAUUCUAGAUUUGCCGCAUCUUCUUCUGGCGCUGAUAUGUUUGAAACUAGCCCAUUUGCUAGAUCAAGCGGGUUCAGUAGCUUUCAAGGUGGUAAUGUGUUUGAAGAUGAUAUAUUCAAUCUUUUUUUUGGAGGUGGAGCGCCAGGAUCAACUUUUACAUUCGGUAACAAUGGUUUCACUUUCCAAAGCUUUGGUGGAGGUGAUCCAUUUUUUGGUCCCAAUGUCAGGACAAGUAGCCGGAGACAACAGAGGACUAGACCCCAACCGCAAAGACAACAAGAAGAGCCUAAUAUUUUUAACACCUUGAAAGCAAUCUUUCCUUUCUUUUUGUUUCUUUUGGUACCUCUAAUAUCAUCUUUUUUUUCAGAAUCAGUUCCUGAUUACUCUUUUCAAAAAACAAGGCAAUAUAACGUCCAAAGGGCAACCCCAAGAUAUAAAAUACCCUAUUUCGUCUCGCGUACUUUCACCGAAAAGGAUAUGACUGCAAAGCAAUUGAAGAAUUUCGAUUUUAAGGUAGAGAAAGUUUAUAUUCAAGAUAAAAGGUCAAAAUGUUCUAGAGAGCAGAUUUUGAAAAGUCAGCUAAUUGAAGAUGCUCAAGGUUGGUUUUAUACUGAUGUUGCAAAACUAAACGAAGCAGAAAAUCUUCCGAUGCCUAAUUGCCAGAAGUUGAGAGAUUUGAAUUUAAUUUGA